AACAGAUGAUGGAUGGAUGAUGACGGAUGGACGCGUACCUCGGAACAACACAUCCGCAAGCUGGCCACCAGGCAGGACCCGGCGCAGAAGCCCUCCCGGCAGCUUCCUGAGGUCUUCAGCGAAGCAGGUGUCCGUGGCCUUCCAGGACCUGGCCGUGAGGUUCUCCGAGGAGGAGUGGCAGCUGCUGGGGGAAGGGCAGAGGGCACUGUACCGCGACGUGAUGCGGGAGAACUACGAGACGCUGCGCUCCCUGGGGACAGAUGAGCUGCUCCCCCUCUCUGCCUUCCUGUCUCCUACGGAGCCUGGAGGAGCCACGGAAGGCAGGAGCUACGCUGGUGAGGGGCAGGAGCCUCCUAGGGGAGGAGGCCCCCUGGGAGGCACGCCCCCGCACAGCCUGCACCUCACUGCCCUGGUGCAGCUGGUCAAGGAGAUUCCGGAGUUCCUGUUCGGGGAGGUCAGCCCGGAGAGUGAGAGUGGGAGCGGGGCAGUCAGCCCGGACGGGGAGCAGGGGAGCCCCGAGGCAGCUGUGACUGUGGAGACUUGCCCUCUCCAAGGCCUGCUCGGCUGCCUUCCAGACACGCCUACUGGCUGGCCCCACCUGGCCACCACAUCUAGCAGUGGCUCAUCGUCCAGCAACCUGCCUGGAGCCGGGGGCCAGGGGAGCCCCGUCCCCAUCAAAACUCCUGACAAACCAAGACCUACAGAGAAGGAAGGCCUGGAAGCCCCAGGUGGGGAGCCCAGCCCUCCUCCCUAUAGCCCCAGCAGGAAGAAGGGCCACGGAAGACAGGGGAGAGCGACGCUGGGGGCAGGUGCUGUAGGAAUCUCUCCUGGGAGCAGCCCCUUGCAAGGCCUUAUCAACUGCCUGAAGGAAAUCCUUGUGCCUGGACCCCAGCACCCUGAGGUGUCCCGAGGCUUGCUGCCUCCUGUCCCCAGCCAGGGCACCUCCCAGCUAACCGGAGCGGAGCUGAGGCCUGAGAGCCCACCCUGGGGAGUGAAGACAGAGGCAGCUUCCGGGGCUUGUCCCCUCCAGGGUCUGCUGAACUGUCUGAAGGAGAUCCCGGAGGCCCGGCACAGGCGUCCUCGCCCCUCAGGAGUAGGGGACCCACCGCUACAGGAGGACCCAGGGACCUGCCAAAGGAAUUCUGGAGGGCCCAGACCCCUGCAGACCCCUCCUCCCGGGCCUGGUCCAGGAGCUGGCAGCGUGCUCUCUGUGGUGAAGAUGGAGGACGGCUGGGCCCAGAGCCUCCCCGUGCCUGCGUCCUGUCAGCUCAGCAAGUGGACCCACAGCCCCUCUGCCGCCAGCAGCCAGCGGGGCGACGGAGAGACCAGAGGGGCCCGAGUGCCUAGCUGGGGUCCCAUAGCUCAAGCCGGCAGUGCCUCGAGCUCACCCCUGGAAGCCCUGGAGGCCUGUCUGAAGGGCAUUCCCCUGAGUGGGUCGUUACCUCCCCAGCCGCCGGCCACCUCUGGAUUCCAGAGCCCUCAGCCAGGAGACCCCGGGUCUCAGAGGCCCGAGCUGCAGCCCUGCAGAUCACACACUGAAGAGGUGACUGUGGGGCCUCUUCUGGCUCUGAGUCUGCAGGGCUAUGUGAGAGGCAGCCCUGCCCUCCCCUCAGGUCCCCACAGCACCCCUCCCAGCUUCUCCUCAUCCAGCAGCACCGAUGGGGACCUGGAUUUCCAGAGCCCUGGGGGCAGCCAGGGGCGUCCGCCUGGAAAAGGAAGCCCAGUGGGAAGCUCCCCGCUCCAGGGCCUGGAGAACUGUCUCAGAGAGAUACCUAUGCUCAGGCCGCAGUCAGCCUCGUCCUGGUCCUCAGCAGGGGACAGGGGGUCCCAGAGAGCGGAGCCCAAGAAUUGGACGGCAGACAGGGAAGGACUGAGAGGCGAGGCCUGUGAGCCAGCUCAUCUGGGACAGAGUCAGGGGGAAGCACCCACCCGGAGCUUCCGGCUGGCCAGCCCCCAGGCGCUCACCUCCAGCAGCGGCCCCAUCUGCUACCAGCGAGGGCUCAGAGACCAUGGGGCCACCAGGCCAGGGCCGUGGAGGUGGCCCCAGGAUGGCGCAGCCACGAAACCCUCCCCACUCCACUGUCUGGAGAACUCUCUGAAGGGGAUCUUGCCCGGGAGGCCCCUGCGCUUCGCCUGCUUGGCAGGUCCCAGUCCCAGCCCCAGCCCCAGCCCCAGCUCCAGCUUCAGCAGCUCAGAAGGAGACGAGUUCUGGCAGCUGCUCCCUCAGGAGAGGGACCGCCUUCCUGGCUGCAAGGCCCCUGGCCCUCUGUCCCCACGCCCGGGUGGCGCCCCCACUGGCAGCAGCCCUGGUGAAGGCCCGGGGAGAGCAGAGCCUGGGGACCGCUGCAGGCUCGGUGCAGGAAAAGCAGAAGAGAAGACAGGGGGCAGGUCCCAGUUGCCCUGGAGAGACGUGUACCCAGAAACCCCGGGCCGGCCUGGCCCCCUGGGCAGUGCUGGAGGAGGGGCAGCUGGGAACCCCUGCCCUGCUCCUCAGCCAGAGAAGAGGCCUGGCCCAGGGCCCUGCCAGCCUCUUGGAUCAGCCCCUGGGCCCCUGUCCUGGAAGCCCAGGGUCAGUGAAGAAUCCAGGGGUCCAGGGUCUGGAAAUGGAAGACCAAGUGUUGCAGCCGGGUCCCAUAGGAAGUCACUUCCCAGAGGCCUGCCUGAGCCACCCCCUGCAGCUACCAUCCGUCCGGCUUUGCCGCAGGCGCCCCCCCAGCCGUGCCCUUGCGGAAGCUCUGUGCAGCCCGAGCUCCGCAGCCUUGGCGCCGCCCUCUCGGAGAAGCUGGAUCGGCUCGCUGCGGCCCUGGCAGGCCUGUCUCAGGAAGUAGCCACCAUGAGGACCCAGGUGGAUCGGCUAGGGAGGCGCCCUCGGGGCCCUGGGCCGAAGUGCCAGGCUUCCUGGCCGUGGGCCCCCUCCCGGGGACCUCGCUGGGCCAAUGGCCCUGCUCACAGACACCUCCCCUACUGGAGACAGAAGGGGCCCACCAGGCCGAAACCAAAGAUCCUGCGUAGUCAGGCGGAAGGCGGCAGGGCUGGUGACGCCUCAGGCCUUUCCUGCCGAAGGUUCCGCCCCGUAUCUCAGCUGCCUCCAGAUGCCCCCACGGCAGAACCUUCUGGGCCCAACUCCAGCCCUUCCCAGCAGCCGCCCUCCUCAGCAUGCAGCUGCCGCGCCGUGGUGCCUGUGCAUGCCUCCCUUGGACACACUGGGGGUCACCGGAGUCCCCCGACCCCCUCAGUGCCUACUGCCUUACCCCCACAGAUGGCUUCUGCAGCCAGGGUAGAUGCAGAGCCGCAGUUUGCAGCCAUGGUGCCGCCUGGGGCCGGCAGCCAGCCCAAGGAUCCAAACAGCCUGAUGGCUGGGGGCCAGAGAGCCCCUGAGGAGCAGCUGUGGGGUGGGGAACAUAGGGCGCCGAGGUGGGGGGCCCCUAACCACCUUCUUCAUCAGCUCAGUCCCGCUGAAGCUGUCCCGAGCCUGGCCACUUCUCCUAGGGGCUGUCCCGCGCCCUCACCCUGCUCCAGCCGAACCUUCCCCACUUCUGGGCUGUGAAGGGGCUGGGAGUUUUGCCAUUGGCCUGAGCACCCCUGACUCCAGGACGCUGUUUGCUCAGGGAGGCCACUGUUGGGGGUGCAUUUCUCAGCCACGCCUCUGGUCUUCUUGGCUCAGGUUCAUUCAGAUGCUGCUUCCCCGUCUUGUCCUUCCCACUGGAACUGUCCUAGCUUGCAGGUGACUGGUGUGCCUGCACGCGUGCACACACCACGUUUGCCUGGGCACUCCAGCAGCUGCAGAGGGACCACGAGCACCCCGCUUCCUAGCAUCUGCCCUUCCUGAUCUCAGCACUGAGGAGGGCUUGGCCCUUGCUUUCCUGGUAAAUCGAGGGCAUGGGUUUCACUUGGAGAGAACCCUGCCCCUCGGCUGAAGCUGGAUUUGCCCGUGUGGAGUCUGACAGGAGAACUGGGGGACUGAGGGAAAGGCCCUCGGCUCCUAGGAAGGGGCCCCGCAGGGCCGGACCAGGGCCACUGUUGGUUCUCUUAGCAGGACAAGUACCUGGUCGGCUCAGCUGCCUGCCUCUCUGCACCCUCGAGAGAACUCCGCAGUGUCCUGGGAGGCUGGGAAGAUCAGCUGCGGAACAGAAUUCCCAGAUGGGUCCUCAGAAGAGCCCCGCACGUUAUACUGUGAGCACAGACCACAGACCACAGACCACAGACCGGGAGGCGUGAACAACACACACUCACUCUCACAGCCUGGAGGCCAGAGUCCGGGCUCAGGGCGGUAGCCGGUCCGGUUCCUACUGACACAGGGAGGGAGAGUCUGCCCCAGGGCUCCCUCCUGGCGUCUCACUGGCCAUCUUCAUGGCCACGUAGCUUUCUCCCCCAACGCGUGCGUCCAGAUUUCCCCUUUGUGUGGGGACAGCGUCGGACUGAGCCCGCCCCAGAGCCCUCCCUGUGACUUGAUCACCUCUUUAAAACCCUGUCUCCAAGUAAGGUCAUGUUUUUAGGUACUGGGAGUUAGGACUUCAACAUGGAUUUCAAAACAUAACACGCGUAAGGGACUGGGUUGGUCUUCUUGAGUUCGUCUUGGGAGGAGAGGCCCCCAGAAGGGCCUGCUCCGGGCCCCACCCCACUCGGUCGUAUAUUGGGAGUCCUGCCUGUGGCUUACCUGCCUGAUGUCCUUCCCCAGGCUCAGAGCUUUUCCCCCAGCCUUAUGUUCCCACUUUUCGUCCUUACUGGAUGUGAAGAAUCUUCGGGAACUGUGUGCACGUUGCCCGGGAGGGGCCACCGGGCCGGGCUGGUGUGGUCAGCUCGGCAGUCAGGGAACCCAGGUGCCAGGGCUGAGGCCCAGGCCAACUCGGGGCCCAAAAGGGGCUGUAGGCUUGCAGCUGUCAUGCCUGCUCUGGGUCCCGGGACACAGGCAGGGCCUGGCCUGCGCUCCUGGCUGCCCCUCUGGAGGGAAGGGGGAGGGGCUGGGCCGCCCGCCAGUCACAGUGGGGUCGUUGCCCUCUGUUCAGGACUAAGUCCCAAGAGGACUGUCUCGGAAGCUAAUGUCUAGAAGAUCAUGUCAUUGAAUGUUUAAAAGAAGCAGUGUCUUUAUGUGUAGCCAUACUUGAUAAGGGCAAAAGGAACAAAAAACUUCUAGACUUUCCCCUCAAAGACCUCAGGAAGAUGAGUGAAUUCCUUUUCGGGCUUCAGUGAGCGAGGGCUGGGCACGUUUCGGAGCCCAUGGAGAGGGGAGGACAGGGCUGGGGGGAGGGGCGGAGGGUGCUGUCAGGAGGAGGAGGGUUCUGGGUGCCCCUGCUCAGCCCCCCCUCAAUCCUGCCCACUGGCCUCCUGUCCCUUCUCCCCCUAGUCAGCAGCGGUCAUGGAGGUGGUCAACACCCACUUUGAAUGGCAUUUUAAGGUUUUGUUUGGUGGACUUCAUGAAUAUCAGGCAUCACACAGACCCUUAGCAGCAGGAGUGAAGGAGCAAAUGAGCUCAGAGGGCAGAGGUGACCUUGAAUUUGCAGAGCUUGUCCUUGGCGGAGCCUGCAGGAGCACUGCACCCCUGUCGGUGCUUGGCAGCCGGGCACGUGCCCUCACCCGCUGGGUGACCCUCCUUCCAGCCUUCCCCUGCGCUGCAGACAAGGAUGCUCGGGACGAGCCCAGUCUCGGUGGUCCAGAUCCAAUCCGACCAUAUAGGAAGCUCAAGUCUUUUUUUUCUUUUCUUUUUUUUUUUUUUUUGAGAAUGUGGAAAACAAAUAAAAUGAAUGGUCAGAGAAUUUGCCUUGCACAACGUCCCAUUACCUGGAUUUGCCUAAUUGUUUCCUCAUGGUUGGAUUCAAGUUCAACAUUUUGAGUGAGUCAACGACAUCGGUGACAUUGAGUGCUUUCCAUUGUUUCCUGUCAGGAAGUGUAUAUUGUCAACCUGUUCCAUGAUGAUAAACGUGAUCGCUUGAUUACAAUGAAAUCCACUAGAUCUCUUCCCUGUGAGGAUACCUUUUCCCCUUGUAUAGUUGACCCUCGAACAACACGGGUUUGAACUGUGUGGUCCAGUUACAUGCGGGUUGUUUUUGAUAAAUACGGUACAAUAAUAUAAAUAUAUUUUCUCUUCCUUAUGAUUUCCUUAACAUUUUCCUCUCGACUUUAUUGCAAGAAUACAGUAAAUAAUAAUAUACAGAAUAUAUGUUAAUUGCCUUUAUGUUAUCAGUGAGGCUUCUGGUCAGCAGUAGGCUAUAAGUUAAGUUUUGGGGGAGUCAAGUUAUAGGUGGACUUUUGACCUCGACCCCAACAUUCUUCAGGGGUCACGUGUAAUUAAUUGGCUAUCGGUGAGGUGAUUCUUUGAGACUUUGUAUACCUUUCAGAUGUGUUAGGAGAUGAAUUUGUACCUUGAAGAUACCUUAUUAUUAACAUGUACCUCAAAGAUCCAUGUACAAUGUUGAAAUUUUGUCCUAAGAUCUGUAAAUAUUUGGAGAGAGAGAGAACCCCCCCUCCCCUGGCCUGCCCACUCUGCCUCUUCUCUCCAUUCCUGCAGCCGAGCUUCCUGUUUGCCCUGCUCUCAUCCCUCAUGGCGCAUCUACCCAAUGCACAAGCCUCAGCGACGUCAUAGGUAGUCCGGGCUGUCCAGGUGUGGGCAAGACAUGAGGGAGGAGAGGCAUCUGCCAAGGAGGAUGAUUUCCAGCUUGCAAAGCAAAGCACUCCUCUGCCUACUGGCUGAGGGAACAGGGCAGAGGAGCCCGUCACGACGCGGGACACUGAGUCUCCUCCCUGGCCCUGGGGAAAGGGAUGGAGAGCCAGAGGGGCCAGUGAGGAGUCCUGAGCCUUCAGCCAAGGCCCGGCCCCCAGGAAGGGGGAGAAGGGUACAGCCCAGGGAGAGAGGCUCUCCCCCACCAGGUGCACCCCUCAAGGUGGGCCCUGAGGUGGCCUUAAAGCAGAGGUGGCCGAGGACCACUGCUGGACAUAGUGGUGGCUUCGCUCCCCGCCCUUAGGCUACUGACCCAGACGCCGCGCCACACCGCAUAGGACGCGCACUGUCUUUCCUGACCCCACCUGGCACCGUCAGGCAGCCUUGCUCAGCCGCGUUGGGGUGGGCUGGGCGUGUGGGCUGGCCUCUGUGGCCCAAGCCAGCCUCCAGCAGGAGGGGAGCCUCAAAUAACACCUUUGAGCACUUUUUGACGGGGAAUCUAGUGUUUAUUCACGGGAGUAGUCUGUGAGGGAGGACACCUUUGGGAAGGUGAGGAACCAGGUUUGAAGAGAGAAGUUGGGGGCGCCUGGGGGGGCUCGGUUGAGCAUCUGACUCUUGGUGGCGUCUCAGGUCGUGAUCUCAGGGUCGUGAGAUG